AAGAAGCAUCAAGCUAACGGUGAUCAGCCUCUAAACAGAUGUGAAUGUCCGGGUCCGCUUUCAUUUCUCUUUUUUUCACGGAGGAGGAACCAGGAACGACCAGAGCUGAUUUUAUUCAUUUUCUCGUCUUCGUUCCUUCUUUUUGUAUUUGUAGCACACUUUCAGCUAAUAGUUGUUUUUGCAGAUUAAAUCCGGUAAGAGGCGCUGCUCAGCCGCUCUUCCCGGGCUAAACCUCCGUGUACUCCAUUCCCCCCUCGGUGCUGGAAAACUAACUUACCCGGGCCACGGCAACUCUGUACCCUCACCUGGACGCCGACAUGCCGGAGUACCUGGAAGACCCGUCUGUGCUCACCAAGGAUAAGCUGAAAAGCGAGCUUCUGGCCCACAACGUGGAGCUGCCAAGCGGCAACCCGACCAAGGACGUGUUUGUGCAGCUUUAUCUAAAGAACCUGACCGCCCAGAACAAGAAGCAAGUCCCAGCCGCCACUCUGGACGCCUUCUCCAGCGACGAGGAGCUGCCGCCGCCCGUGGUUUCCAGCCGAAGCCGCUCCUCGGGCAGGAAAGCCACCAGGAAAACAGACAAGGUUCAGCCGGAUGAGCUUGAUGUGACGGCGCUCACCGACGAGGGUCUGAGGGACGAGCUGCUGAAACAAGGCGUGGACGUGGGUCCGAUUGUGGCAUCCACCCGUAAGCUGUAUGAGAAGAAGCUGCAGAAGCUGCUGGAUGAUGUUCCUGCUUUGCUGCCUGUUCCACAGCUGCUGGCCACAGACAUCCAGCUCAACCACAACGGCAACUCUGAAUCUGACGUCUACAGCGACAGGGAGGACGAGGUGACACCAGAACCUGUGACAGAGCCAGAACCAGCACCAGUAGUGGUGGAGAGACCCCUGAGGAGCAGAGGGAAGACCCCUAUUACUACCCACACCCGGAGCAACCAGCACCAAACGCAGAUGGUCCCUGAGGAUGUCAGACCUUUACUAACUGACCAGGUCCCCUUUGAGUCCAGCAGAAGACUUCAGAGACUGGACAGUCCAGUUUGGACUAGUGGUACCAGCACCUUGUCCAGACCUGCUCAGUUGCAGCUUGUAGGAGAACCGGGUCGACGUCACAGAUCCAGCCAGGAUUCUGAGAACCUAGAGGUUCUGCUGAACACCGCUCUGCUAGAGGUCAGACUUCCUGAUUCGGAUCAAUCUGAGUCCACCAUGGAUCCUGACUCAGCUUUAGGACAGAGACCAACAGCGAGGAGACGCCGUCAUCACGCCUCCAAAACCUCCCAGUCUCCGUCCCCUCUGGUCCAGGUCAGCAGGGUGGACCGCUCCCCCAUUAGGGCAGAGAAGACCUGGUCUGGACCCCGUCUGGGCUGUGCAGCAGGGGUGGAGAAGAUCUCUGCCAGCGAGCAGCCUGUGAGCGUGGAGGAGGACAAGGUCCUGAAGGAGGUCCUGAAGGAGGUCUAUCCCAACGACAUCCGAAGUCCAACAGGGAUCAGCGCCAGCUGUCGCCGGCCAAUCCGAGGCGCCGCUGGCCGCCCCGUGAUCUCCAGCGACCUCUGGAAAGAUGAAAAUGGCCUUUUCUCCCCAAAGACCACCAGCUACUCCUACACAGAGAGCCACACCAUCAACAGAGUCAGCAGCCAGCCGCCCUCCACCUCCUCUAGCUCCGCACACAUCGCCGCCUCCUCCAGGCUGCUGAGUGCAGUGCCCCCUGCAGGGCCCACCAAGCCAGCACGCCGCGGCAUGUCUCUGUGGAUAAAGCUGUCCCUGCUGGGCGUGGUGGCAGGGUUCCUGUUCCUGGUUUACCAGGCCAUGGAGACCACCUCCAGCAGUCCGUUUGGAGGCCCGGACGAGGCUGCCAGCAGCGCGUAGAGUCCAGGAGCAGAAACACCUUGCUUUUCGGCGUCAGUCUGCAUUGUAGCCAUUUUUCUGAUGUUUAUCCUUCUUUAUGAGUCAGCUUCAGAGACGGGCGUCUUAUUUCAGUUACAGUCCUGGAUCUCCAGGUCGGAAAAGGACAAACUGUUUGGUCCAUCUUUGACCUUCAGGCUGCAUCUGAUGGACACAACCUUCCCCAGAACUGCGAGGCCUCUUCCUGCUUGCUUCAUUUGUCUUGCUGUGUAAGUGUGCAUUUUGACCUUCCAUCGGCUCUGAAGGUGGGUUUUUCUACUUUGGACCAUCUUUGUAACCCAGACAGGGAGGCUUCUUAUUUUAAUCUCCUGAAACUGUUUAUCAAGAUUUUCUUAAUUCUCUUCUAAUAAAACUGAAUUUCUGUGUAUUCUACUUAAUUAUGUAUUAGCUGUCAGAAACCUGAUAUCCAGCCAAUAAACUGUUGUUACUGUG